ACUGUAGUCAUCGAGUUUGUUGUGUCGAUGGAGCAGUUGACGUGAAGUGGGUUUCGCUUUUCGCCCCGCUUUGUGUUCAAGGUGGUUUUCGAAUGGAUUUUACCACUGGAGAAGUGUAAAUACGGAAGGCUGCAAAUAAGGGAUAAAAAGGACUCGUUGGAAAUAGGUGAAUUCCUCCUGCACACUUUUACGCUCCGGAAUUUUAUUGAAUUCAUAAUUGUGACACGUCAACAGCCAUGAGUGUAAGCACGUCGAAAGUAACGUUUAAAAUCACGUUGACGUCGGACCCCAAGCUGCCGUUUAAGGUAUUGAGUGUUCCCGAGGCGACACCAUUCACGGCCGUUCUUAAAUUCGCUGCUGAGGAAUUCAAAGUGCCGCCCGCGACAAGCGCCAUUAUCACAGACGAUGGUAUCGGAAUUAGUCCACAACAGACGGCGGGAAAUGUCUUCUUGAAACACGGAUCGGAAUUGCGUUUGAUACCGCGCGAUAGGGUCGGCUAAGUCGAUCGGAAUAUGCAUAGCUGAAAUUCAAGAUGUAUUUUAUCAUGAAAUCUAAUUUUUUCGAUUUGUUUAUUUGUAAAGUAAAUUUUAUAUUCCACACGA